CCGUGCAGUGCAGCCGCUGGAGAUCCGUCCGGCGGGCGGGGACUGGGGCAGGUGUUGCUCACCCUGCUCCUCCCUGCGCUCAAGCCCAGACCCGUCCGUGCCCCGGCGCAGCAGAGCCGGUGGCGGCGGCGGGCUCAGGUAAGGGAUUCUCCCACCCCGCCGGGACCCCCGGGACCUCCUCCCUGCCUCCGGACACCCAGCGCGACGUGGAGCUGGUUGGGGAAACUGAGGCACGGCCAGGCGACGGCGCUGGAAAAGCGGGUCCCGGCGCGGCAUGGGGGAGGCAAGUGACAUGGACAGCAGGAUCAUGCUGCACUCGGGCCCUGACAGCCUGAUGUCCCUCCCGAAGGAGCGGGUGCAGGCAGGGCGGCGGCAGCAGCAGGUGUUGGAGGCCCAGCUCGAUGGCUGCAUCCAGGAGCUGCGGCAGCUGUGCCUGCGUGAGGCGGAGCUGACGGGGACCCUGCCCUGUGAGUACCCCCUGAAAGCUGGUGAGAAGCCCCCCAAGGUCCGUCGCAGGGUCGGGGCUGCCUUCAAGCUGGAUGAGAUCGUCGUUCUUUGUGGGGUGGACCCUCUGGAGCGGGAGCGGGCACUGCAGCUGCAGAUUGCCGAAGCCUCCCGCCGGCUCUGCCAUGAGGAGAACAUCGGCCGGCAGGUGCGGAAGAGGCGGCAGACGGCAGCACUCCGGGAGGAGCAGAAGCUGCGGGACUUGGAGCAGGUCUUGAGCCAGCGGCGGCUCCUGGCAGGGCAGCAGGACACCAGUACUGCCAAGGCCCCCCACAUCUCCCCUCCAUGCCAACCAUCCAGCUGUUCCCUCAAUCCCAACCCUUUCUUUGUGUCCCCUCCAUCCCAACCCUCCAUCUCUCCUGCAGAGGACAGAGAGCCAUCAGAACCUGCCGCCCCAAAGAGGUCCCCAUCUCCUAAGGACCCCACAGAGGAGGAGGAGAAGGAGCUGGGGCUUCUGAUGCCCCCCCUCAAUCACUGGCAGGAGGCCAGCCUGGACAGACCCUAUGAGAGGGCCAAAAAUCCCAGUAUCAACCCUGAGGAUGGGGAAACCCAGCGCUCCCAAUGCCGUCUUGGGUCCCUGAUGGCUGCCCCUGCCAGCUCCUUGGCCCCCAGCAGCCCUGGUUCCGCAGGAUCCUCAGUGUCCAGGACAGGAGGCCCUCCCUACCAGUUUGUCCCCAUCCGGACCCUGGUGCUGUGCCAGCAGGCGGGCUCCAGUGCUCCCAGCACCCCAGAGCCAUUGGGACGGCAGGGACAGACCCAGUCUCUGAGGGUGGACCCGUGCUGCCAGCCAGCUGAGCCACGGGGCCGCAGUGCUGCAUCCCGCCGGCGCCCCACGUACUACACAGUCACUGUGCCCACCUCCUGCGUCCUGACCCCCAGCCCCGUGUGUCGCUCUGGCUCUGAUGACAGCAUCUCUGACCUCUCCAGCGUCUCCCAUGCCACCUCCCCGGGCAGCAGCAGCCCUGACGUGUCCUUUGCAGUUCCGCUGCCCCUUGCCAAGCCUGGUUAUUACCCACGGGGUGCCCUCCAGCUCCUGCCGCCCGCUGGCCCCCUGACUUUCCUGUAUGAGCAGGAUCUGGCCCCACUGCGGUACCAGCGUCUGGUGCCCUCACGUAGCCGCAUCGUGCGCACACCCUCGCUCAAAGACUACGUGCCCACGGGAGCCCGGGGGCUCUCCAAGGCUGCUGUCACUGAGGAACUGAAGUCAUGGCACCAACGCGCCCAGCUGAGGGGUUCCCGGCCCCACUCCCUCGACCGGCAAGGGACUUUCCAGAGAGCCCGUGGUGGGACCACCGGGGACAUGCCCAUUGCUCAUGGAGUCCUGUCACUGGUUCAGGGUCCCCCGGUGCAGGUGCUGCGACGCUCAGUACCCAGCGUGCCUGUGCAGGUCUAUGUGCCUGAGAACGGCGAGAUUGUCACACAAGUGUGAGUGCCACACCCCCACCCCGGCGCGGGGGCACAUCCUGGCUGGCCCAGGGACGGCAGGGACGUCUCACGCUUCCCCACCCCGGCGUGGGGGCACAGGAGGGAGCCACAGUGGGAUGGCAGGGGCUGGCCCCCACUUUGUGUUCCCUCAGUGGCACUGCAAUGCUGAUAGGGACACUGUGACCCCCAGUGACCUUGGUGUCACCACCACCCUGA